GUCAGCUGUGCUGAAACUGCUGAAACAAGUUACUGAACAGAGUAGUUGCACGUAGUGUAUUCACUGUAUUCUUUCAUAUUCUGUAUUCUGUUCUGUGUGUUUAAAAAAAGAAACCAUAUAUGUGGAUUCUAUAUUUUGCUACAUAUAAUUCCUGUUUUGGUUUCACUAAAAGAAACUAAAAUCUCACACGUUUUCGAUAAUGGCAUGUAUCGUAUCUCCUCCAGUGGUUACUGAUCUCACAGAUGCUUAUUCAAGCAAGGAAGAUUUUAAUGGGAAAGAUCAUGAUGAAUCGGAUAUCUCUAAAAAUAUUCAAAAGCUCAAUGACGAACAAGCACAUGGUCAAGAACGUGAGGAAAAUAUUGAAAAAAGCUUAGGAGAUGUCGUUUGUGACAUGUUUAUGCCAUCAAAUGAAGAGAGCUGUUAUAACCAGGAGAAGUUGGAAAAUGAAGCUUCCAAUAUCGUAAUUGACAAAAUUUAUCCAAGCGAUGGAAUCAAUCUGAAUGAAUCCAGUAAGAAAAACGAAUUACAAAUUGAUGAUAAAAAAUCCUGCGAUACAGAUAAUAAUAGUACUGUUAAAAAGAUUUUGAAGAGAGCUUUAAGUCUUGCGGACAGUGAUUCUGAAGAAACGAAUUUUUAUGAAACAUUAAACAAAGAUUCUAUUGAUGAAGAUGAAUAUCGGUCUGGAUCGCCUGAAUAUUCGCAGAUUGCAGAACCGAACAAUUCAAAAAAUAGGAGGAGAAUAAUAGACAGCGAAUCUGAAGAAGAUACACAAACAAGCGAGGGUAACAACUUUUCUCAAAUGGUUCACGAAACUAUAAGCACUACUGCUGAAAGCUAUCGGGGUUUAAUAGAUUCUGAAUCAGAGGAAGAGAAGCAAAAUGAAACAGAAAACGACACUUCUGUCAUACCUGAGGAAACAUCAGAAAGUAAGGAUGCUAAGAAAAAAUUGGUUAAAAAGAGAAAGGGCUCCAUAAGAGCUUCCAAAGAUGAGGCAAUGCGUCAAAUACAUAGCGAAACCCAACGUUUAUUAAGAGAGACAGAAGUUUCUUUACCAUAUCAUAGGCCAAAACAGCGUACAUUACAAGAAUUCUUGAACAGAAAAAAAAUAUCAGCUGCUCUUCCAAAAGCACCUUCAACAGCUGCAAAACUUAAGAUGUCGUCUGCGAUAGUAAGUCGGGUCCUUGCAGAAAAGGAAAAAGAAGCAGAACUUUUUUACAAAUCCUCAGAUUCUGAAGAUGAUAUGCAACAAUCAAUGUCUUUUGUUAGCAAAGAUAUGAAAAAAUCUUUCAUUACCAACGAGAGAGAGAAGCUACCUUCGAUAGAUAUCGAUCAUAUAUGUAUUCAAGGUCCUGAAAGGAUUGGAACAAGCACUCAAGAUUCUCAAGAUAAUGAGAAAGAGAUUGUACAAGAAGAUCGCUUAGACCUUAAUGUACCCAGAUGCAAAGUACUAGAAAAAGAUCUUUGCGAAGUAGAUCAUCAAGCUGUAAAGUUAUUCUUAACAGAUAACAGUAAUUUAGGUGAUGAAUCUGAUACAUUGUUACGACAGAUAACAGAUGAAUGUAAUCAAAAUCUUUCGAAGCUUAGUUUACCAAGAAAAUUAUUUGAUACAUCUUUUGAAAAUGAGUCAAAUGAAGUUUCUGAAAUAAAUCUCAAUGCACAAAAAGAAACAGAAGAAACCGUUGAAACUGUUAUUACCUCUUUGAACAAGGAAAAAUGUACUACAACAGAGGAUCACACAAAUGAAAUAUCAAAAGUGCAUCAAGAUGAUUCUGAAGUAAUUAAUGAAAAAAAUAAAAAUCAGGUUAUAGAAGCAAUGAAAAUAUCAGAAAUGUCUAACGGGAUAAAUAGUAAGGAAGUAACUGAAACAUUUCAAAGUGAUAAUGAUAUAUCGGAUAACGUUAUAUGUUCAAAUCCCAAUGAUUGCAUCAUAACACAGUAUAAAAAUAAUGAAAAAGAAGAUGAAUGUUCUGAAACAAAUAAUGUAGCAAUACCAUCUCAUACUAUAAUUAGUGAUGAUCAAUCAGAAAUUCAACUUAAUUCUUCGACAAAUGAAUGUGAAAAGUUUGAUGGUCACGUACAAGGUUUGCCUCUGCCAGAAUUUGCAGAUGAGACUUUACUAAAUAGAAAAAAAUUAUCGGCGUUAGUAUCCAAUUCGAAAGUCACAUUAAGAGGGUCGCCAGGUAUGAUUAUUGAUCUAACAGGCGAUGCAAAACCAAAUGUAAAAGGUGUAAAUACUUUAUUAGAUAGAUUUUUCUGCAAACACACCAACACAAAAAAGAAUGAUAAUAAUUCUGAAGUGACUGUAAUACACUUACAAGAUACGCAGAAUGGUCCUGUUCCAAUUAAAGAAGUACUCCCGUAUAAAGUGCCUACUAGCACCGAUAAUCCUGAAUUGAAUAAGCCCGGAUCCAAAUUAAUGCGUUUAAAGGAAGAUCUGAAAUUACAAAUGACUUUAAAGCGUAACAAAGAAUGGAAACAGAAAGAAAUGGAGCUGCAAGCGCAGGAGAAGGAAGAAUGGGAUGAAGAAGAACGUGAUUAUGAUUCAGAUGAACAAGACAAAGCGGAAUUGGUUUUUGAAUCGAGUGGCAGUGAGGAAAGUGAACCCGAGGAGAAUGACAUUUACAUUAAGGAGAAGAAAAGGAGUAAAUGCCUAUUUGCAGAUGAUGAAGCUGAAGUUACAGACAAUGAGGAUUCAAGUACAGAAGAGACAUGCAUUGAGGAUGAUACGGAUCAUGUAAAACAGAGUAAACAGUUCAAAAGUUUUAAAUAUAGAAAAGAAUACAUGGACGACGAUGUAAGUGAGGUAGAAAUCGAUCAAGAAGAAGAAGAAGAAGAAAAUGACGACGAUGAUGAUGGUGAAGAUGAAGACGAGAAUGAAGAACCUUUCUUAGAAGAAAAAGAAGAAAGUUUAGAUGCAAAUAUGGAGAAUAGAAAUAAAUCUAACUUCAAAAAUGAUAGCAACGUUGAUGUUUGUAAGAGCUUAGGGAUUGCCACAGAUAAAAAUGAUAGAAAAACGAGACAGUUAACAGAAGAGCUUCAAGAUGAUUCAAACAUUACAAAUCCAAGUUACUUACGAAGUGAUAACAGUCAGUUAAAUAUAGUGGCAGACAUAGGUGCAUCUAAAGCACAUUGCGAAGAUAAUGAUUGGAUAAGUGAAAAUGAAAGCAAUAUGCCUGCUUGUCAGCAAUAUGCAGAAGUUGCUACGAGGAGCCAGAUAUGUAAGACACCUUCGACGAAAACAAGUAUGCUCGAUUUGGUUUCUCCUAUAACGCAAUUAAGCAUAUUGAAUACCACCUUAGAUUCUAAUAAGAAAGAUUUAUCGGAAGGGACACAAUGUCUAGUUGAUAAACAUGAAUUCUUCUCCAUAGAAAGCACACAGUGUGACGAAUCUUCUGAACAUAUAUACAAUAGAAAUAAAACUAUUUUAAAAAAGAAAUUGUUCGAUGAUAUUGGAGAAACUAUUGAUGAUGAAUAUCUCAUGCGAUUAUGUUCGGGCAAAUUUGAAUCUACGCAAAAAAUUGAUCUAGGUAUAUCUUCGCAAUCCAAUAUCACUGAAGUAUCGCAGUUAUGUCCAAGUGAAUCUGAAUCAUGUCCUGGAAAUUCUAACGUGAAAUUAGUCGACGUUAAACAAUCGAAAAAUCUAAAAGAAAAUGACAAAAUGCUUCAAGAUAUAAGAUUGAUCUUAGAUGAAGAUUCCAAUUCUGUAAAUUACGGAAAAGGGAUAAAUAAAGUUAACGCAAUGGAUUCGAAGUUAAAAUUAAGAGUUGCUUCCUCGGACGAUGAGGAUGAUGAAGAUUUGUUUGUAAAAUCCAAGAAACGUCUGGCCAGAAGAUUUAACUUGUCCGAUUCGGAAGAGGAGAGUUCUCAAUUCUCCGACGAAGAAAACGAUGAUGUGGAUAAUGAAGAGGCAGAGGAACAAUACGUUGAUUAUGAUUCCGAGGAAAAUGAAGUAACAGUUGUACCAGAAAAGGAUAUAAAAAAAGUUGCAGCUAGUUUUCUGGAAGAAGAGGCAGAGUUAAGUGAAAGCGAUUGGGAUUCCGCCGAUGAGGAUGAGAAGGACUUGGAUAAGUUAGAAUUUGAGGAAGCUGACGAUGAACACUUAGACGAACACGAGGUGAAGGAUCAACUGGAAAAGAUUCAUAUGAAACAAAUGCUGGAUGAAGAUAAAAGGGAAGUUAGAUACCUGAAAGAGUUAUUAUUUGAAGAUGGCGAUUUACAUACCGAUGGAUCGGGACGUGAGCGUAAAUUCAAAUGGAGAAAUAUAGAUAAAUUAGGAAGUAACAUAGAGAUGCCACAAAUAUCUGAUGAAAACGAUGGCUGGGUAGACGUGCAAGAAGAUGAGGAAGAAGCAAAGUGGAGUAAACUCAGACACGAAAGGGACAAAUUUCUUGAGGAAAGAAUGAAAUCCUUAAAUAAUGAAAUCGAGGAUGAGUUAUGCGACAGUCAAAUUUUUAAACUCGGACUGGAAGCAGUUAAGAAAAUCAAGGGUAAUGAGUCACAAAAACAAGAUACUUCUUUCGAUAAAGUAGAAUCUCCCGAGAAUAUGGAACCAAUUAUGCCACGGAAUAUAACAGAUCUCUUGAAUGGACCAAAUAUUGGAAAGAAAUCUCAGACAAUAUAUAAUGUUAUAAAAAGACGCUCGCUCUUAUCUCGAGGGGAAGAGUCGUUGGCGAGGAUAGCUUCAUUGGCAAAGCAAGGUGAUUCUGCCUCUCAUGCGGCAAGUGCAAGAAAUUUUGUCUUCCCGCAUAUUGGUCAGGACACAGAUAAUACACUUAAAAAAAAGACCAGAAUAACUGGAGAAGAUUUAAACUCGCAAAUUAAGCCUGGAAAGAGAAAGAUGAUGUCAAAUGUGUCAUCAGUAUCGAAAAAAAGGCGAAAAUAAGCUUCAUAGAAGAAAAAUAAUUUUAUUUAUAUAAUACGUAAAGACUGUCGUUUUUACAAGUAACAUUUAAUAUAAAUUUUAUAUAUAUAAAUGAAAUGACAAUGAAAUUAGAUACCUAAUUUUGUUAAGCUACUUCUAAAAGUUUGUUAGAUGCAUAAGAAU